AUUUCAAGCCUCAACUAUGAAUAGCAACGCAAUACGAAAUUGAGAUAUCGAAGUUAACGUUUUUUCCCAUCUACAGGGUAUGCACCAAUGAGGGAAGGAUGAUUAGCGCCCGGUCUGAUUCAACGUGCACGCAGUUCAUUCUUCCUCAUGAGCGUGCAAGAAAUACGAAUUCGACAUUACUCCUGCACACAGGCAGCUAGCGCCGCCGAAGCCUUGCUGAGGGAGAAAUGCUUAGGCUUAUCCAUUGUCCAAGCACCAGGCCGUGAUAUGGACUACCUCGCCGUUGCUACACCUCAGGAGGUCGUUGUCAUUUCCCUAUCAACGGUGGACACAACUUUUUCCAAGGACGACUCGCUUUGCACUUUGCUGUACUCGAAGAAGCCUGCUCUAGCUGGAUUCCAUAUGCCACAGGCUCGCUAUUCAGAUUCAUUGCCGUUUGAAAUGCCAUGUACAAGGUAUCGACUUGUCCACUUUCCGAUCGAAAUCUCCCGGGCAUCUAUCUUAUCCUUCGAAUGCUCCUUUCUGAAACAUCGUCAAGCCAAGUUUGACGGUUUCAUGGUGGACAGUCUGUGGAAUGAUAAGCUCGGCGAGGCGGAAGAUGAGUUAUUCAGGAAGGUUUGCUUUCGGGCGUGGAUCUCUGCUAUUAUCAUCCAGAAGAAUACGAGUACUACACCUCUAAUCCAAGCCUGUCGAGACUCGAUGGCUAAAACGGGAGGUUCUCGAGUGUCUAGGUCACCUACUGUCCCAGGUCGAUAUUCUGGAACGUGUCAAACCGACGGAGAUUUCCAAUGACUUCACCGAAGUUAAUGUGGAUAGCAGCGGCCAAGUGCAGUUACACAAUUCCCGUUUCAAGACACGGGUAUGCGCAGGUAGACAGCUUGCAGUCGUUUUGACUACCUCAGACGGUCAUGAAUUCAGAGGGCGGCCAACGAAAGCAUACGGUAAACGAACCCAUAUCAACGUUUCAGGCUCCUUUUCCGGAACGGUGACCGGUGUUAAAGUCAUUGGCAGAGAGAGACCGACGAAUGCUGAAAGGGCCCGCGACAUGCUCCUGCUUCGUGCUUUACAGGGCGAAUGUCAUAUCAGGCAA